AUGGUCAAAGCUACCCAAGUCCUCGACAGGCAACUCAACCCCUAUCAAGGAAGUCCGAACUAUGGAUUCUACGGUGGUUUUGUGCAAGUUAGUCCAUAUCAGGGAAACCAAACUGGUUAUGGAAGCCCAAACCAUGGAAACACCGGUAGUUAUCAAGGAAAUCAAGCCGGUUAUGAAAGCCCAAAUCAUGGAAACACCGGUGAUUAUCAAGCUGGUUACGGAAAUUCUGUUGGUUAUCAAGGAAGUCAAGCCGGUUAUAGAAGCCCUAAUCAUAGAAACUCUAGUGGUUAUCAAGCCGGUUACGGAAACUCCGGUGGUUAUCAACAAGGAAGUCAAGUAGGUUAUGGAAGAUCCAGUGGUUAUCAAAGAAAUCAAGCCGGUUAUGGAAGCCUCAAUCAUGCAAACUCUGGUGGUUAUCAAGCCGGCUGUGGAAGCCCCCUUCAUGGAAACUCUGGUGGUUAA